ACACAGGCUGUUGUGGGAAGAUCAUCUCCAGUUGUUGAUCCACACUGAGCUUUCCACAAUUCAUGAGACGAUAAUGGAGAAUCCAUCCGUCAACAACACCGACUCUCCUAGAAUAACGCUGCACCGUUCCUUCGACAAAGUAGCAGAGGAAUGUCCAGACCAAGACGCAUGCGUAAUCUAUCAUUCAGAGGAUGCCCGUGAGUCUGUGACUUUCUCUCAGUUGCGUAAACAAUCGGAGCAGUUUGCUGUCAUGCUGCUCACCAAGGGACUUCGAAAGGGAGAUAUCGUCGGUCUUCUGUCUACCAAUUCUGUGGAUUUUGUCGUUGCGUUCCUUGGCUUGUCUCGCAUAGGGGCCCCUGUGCUGAUGCUACGGUAUGGAAGCACCGCGGAGGAAGUCUGCAGGUUAUUGACAAAACAUGACUGUAAAGGUUUGGUUGGAAGCGUGGACUCAAAUCAAGAUUCAGAAAUAAUCUCAAGCAUUGAACACCUAAUAAAAAAGGAUGGAAGAAAUGAGCAUUUUGUCAUAAUAAAGCAGACUCCAGACGAGGACAAUGCUUCCAGUCAGGUAGGCUUUUUGAGCAGUGAAACUAAACUGAAACCCGACCUGCACUUUCCGGAUGUAGGCCCUGAAGAUACGUGCGCCAUAUUCCUUACAUCUGGUAGUACGGGAGAACCAAAAGCUAUGCAGUUUCGCCAUCGAGCAUUAGUGUCCAGAACGCAUCCAUGGGGCGAGUUCCUGUUUUCGGACAUUGAGAGAGCUACUUUUUUUAAUGACCGCCCGAUGGCGUGGACAGGUGGCUUUUAUAUGAUACUUAACAUGUGCAUCUUCGGUGCUUGCACAGUUUCAGUGAAUUCUAACCUUUCUGUGGCAAGUGGAGAGAUAAAUUUCGUCGUGGACGUCAUGAGGAAUGAAAAAUGCACACACGCACUACUGAUGAAUUAUCUACUCGUUGACCUCAUGCAUUACGACGGUCAACAACAGCCCUCUUUGCAUUUGAAAUACGUCAUCACGGCUGGACAGAAAGCCGAUCAUGGGGCGCUGAUGCAUGUCUUCACUAUUUUUCCGGAGGCCACGCUCGUAUACAUGUACGGUGCCGGUGAGACGGGAAUUGUCUUGUACCAAUGCCAUACCGACACAAGUACGCUAGAUGACGAUGGUUUUAGUAUGCACCAAGGCGUUGACAUCAAGCUAAUUGACAGCAGUGGUGAAACCGUGGAACCCGGGGCAUCGGGAGAGAUUUGCAUUCGCUCACCAGCUCUCUUCGAAGGAUACCACAAUAAUUCUGAAGCAACCAGCAAAGCACGGCUUCCAGACAACUGGUUUCGCUCGGGUGACGUGGGAGUCAAAAGGCAAGAUGGAAGAAUCGUGUUGCUUGGUCGAUCAGAUGAUAUGAUAAAGCGAGCAACUGUAAAAGUCUUUCCCGUCGAAGUCGAGAGAGUCCUUCGUCAACAUCCGUGUAUUAAAGAAGUGGUCGUGGUUGGGGUUCCGGAUCAGCGUCUAUUUGAGGAUCUCUGUGCAUGCAUCAUACCACGUGACCCUAAAGCAUUCGACGAAGCCGACUUCCUUAUUUGGUGUAAAGCACAAUUCUCCGUCGGACCGGAUGGUCUCUCUUUGACCCCAACUUAUGUUCUUGUAUUUGAUCAAUAUCCGAAGACUCGCACUGGAAAAACCAGCAGGAAGGACCUCAAAGAGAAGGCUAAAAAGCGAGUGCAAAUUGCACAGGUUUGAGUCACUAUUGACGCAUUAAUUAACGCUUUUAGACUUCCUGUAGUAGCCCCAAGUUCCAUUGUAGUUUUACAAGGUUGUUUAUAGGCAUUAUCGAUGAAACCAGAAAAAGAAAUUAUGUAGAUCAGUAGGCAAAAGGCGAACAAGUGUUUUGAAAACGAAAACAAUAGAUGAAUACUCGAGACAUGUUCAAAAUAUUUCUGUAAGGAUCAUAAUUUAGUAAAGUGGUUUAAGUAACUGUAAUCCUGAGGCAAAUAUUUGUUUUCAGUAUAUUAGGAAUCUAAUUUUAUUUGAUUUAUUUCCUGCCACACAUAGGCAUCUUUGA